AUAAAACGGUCCUCCGCCCGCCUCCUUACGCAUUCCGGCGCUCUCACAUUCGCAACAUCAAAACGAGACACCCAGCGGCACUGCAGCGAGACGCUUUCCAAGCCAUGUGCCAAAGCACGAGGGAGGCACUGCGGCGCUGUAUGACGCCUCUGAGUAGAUGCGAUACGCAGAGGCCGGACGAGUCGUUUCCGCGCCAAAGGGUGCAAGAUCUCUUCGAAGCCGACGACGGCCAGCGGCUUCGAGAGUUGGCCGGCUGCAAGUGCGGUGUCUUCCGAGGAUGCGCUUCGCGUCAGAGUCCGGCCUUUGACGAAAACAUCAUACGUGGUGUGCGCGGAAUCGGAUAUGAGGAAGGGGAAACGUAUCUUGUCGUUCUUGCGUUCCUUUGCUUCGUCGAGCGCAUGGACCUCAUCCACAGGUUCGUCGAGAAGAGCUACUCAGAUCAGUGGCUUCACGAACAUCCGCUCGAACGCCAGCAACUCGAUGAACUGUUCUCGUCUCCGGAAUCGGAUGGUCAGACGUACUCAGCUCACAUUGAGUUCGACUUCUUUCGGUUUUUCCUGCCGACCAUCCACGGCCCGGAAAGGCAGCAGAAGUUUCUUUCCAUGCAGACGUUGCCGCUCAAGAUUAUGGAAAGGAAAGGAGGAGGAGGGUAUGGCGUCGUUUACCAGGCCAAGAUGCUGGAUGGCGGCUAUUGCAAGUUCGUUGAUGUGAAGGAUGGACUUUUUGCGUUAAAGCGGUACACGAAUCCGGUCGUGAGCGAUGCCGAAGCCGAUUGGGAGAAAGAAUGGCGCAAUAACGUAGUGUACAACAAGCACCCGCACAUCAACCCGAUCCUUGCGUCGAUUGCCCACGGAGACGUGUACAUGAACUUCUACUCCCUCUGCGAAGGCGAUCUCCAGAGGUUGUUCGCAAAGGAUCCCAGCCCGGAAGACCACGGAGCAAAGUCGAUUUGGCGUCAAUAUAUGGGGUUAUUGUCGGCGCUCAACUACAUCCACUGCAGCCAGCCCACCCAGUUUGGCUAUCACUUCGAUAUCAAGACAUUGAAUAUCUUGGUCCUGUUGGGGAGGUGGAUGAUCGCAGACUUGGGUCUGUUACACCGCAAGAAUAACGAGAGCGGAAUGCUAUCUGCAACGCCGAGGAGGCCCGGAUGCCAGGAAUUCGGGGGCCCAGAGACGAAGGUGACGCGGAAGUUCGAUGUCUGGGGGAUCGGCUGCGUGGGUUGUAUCGCGCUUGUAUGGCUGAGAAAGGGGGCCCGCGGCGUCGAGAAUUUCAGAGAAGACCGGAGGCAGGAGGUUGUGCAGAUGGGGAUGACCAGUAUCCUCUACAACUUUUACUGCGAGACACCUAGCGGCCCCCAGCUCCACAAAGAGGUCGACAAGCUUCUGUUGGAAGCAUCCGACGAGGAUGAUCUUUCAAAGGGCGUUGCUGGGAUCUUGAGGGACAUGCUGUCCAUCGAGGUGGAUGCUCGCCCUACCGCAAAGGAGGCCGAGGAGCGGCUCGCGAAGGUGCUGGGCGUUGAGCCGUUGGAUGUUCCAAAACUGCCGCUAGGGUUCCAAAGUCAGCCGGCGUCGGCGCAGUUAGCCGUACCGGGCGGUGUUCUGGGACCCGUCAAGCCGCUUCACUCACAAGCACAAAGCAUCGGCGACGAAGUCAUCGUCUCGGUUAAGCUUCCCAGCAUGGAACAUCCAGGAGCAAGUGUUGAGUUCACCUUUUCGCCAGGAACCGGCGACGAACCGUUAUCCUCAGUCACCGUCAGCACCACGCCAACGUUUUCCAUGGCCGAAUCCGUACCCGUGCCUGGCUGCCUCACGCAGCGUUCCCAAGAUCCACCCCACGAGCACGCCAUGCGUAUGCCCGGCGAGUGGCCCUACGAAGCCGAUCACGACUACGAUGCAGCUUCUGUGGAACCGUCAGGAUGCUCACUUGGAACCCCGCAGUGGCCGUUUUCGAGCGUCACGAUGGCUUGCAAUCUCCUGUUGAGGAAGGUUCGGUUGAGACGUCAGUCGACACAACACAGCCCGAAAUCUAUCGCCGCGGCCAGCGGCGUGGACCCUUGAGGAUGAGGGACAGUGAUUCCGAGGAGAGUUGAGCGUCCUGGACGUGGAGCCGACACGAUGCGUGUGUUGAUGGAUUGGUUUUCAAACGAUCGAUUGAUUGGUUGGUGUGUGUCUCGGUAUACAAAGAAGGACCACAAGAGAGUCUGCUUCUCCGCUGCCCGUCUCCUCCCACUACGCCAAGAAAACUCUAAAAGUUCGACGCCCAUCCAACCCUCCACGACGUCUACAUAAAAUCCUAGGACAAAGGAUUAAUAUUGGACGGGGCCCAUUUUCAACCACCGGGUCCGAUACAGCAACCCGAAAGUAUCGAGAGAAAAAAAACUAAAGAUCAUGGAAAGACCUUCAUAACUACUGUAUAGUGAAGGGGGAGGGGGGGGG